AUGCAGACCGGGUUCGACACCGACAUCGAGGCCAUGCCUCUCGGCCACUACAUGGUUGCCAAGGGAGAUGUUCAGGAUAAAGGAGUUGCCCACUCCACAACAAAUCCAGUAGAAAUACAAAGGACUUCGAACGACCACUCCAAACUUGGUAAGCAGCGCUACCAUAAAGACAGUCUCAACCGAUAUAUCGACCUCGACGAGGACCCGCAGAAUACGCAGGACCACUACCUCCGACCCAAGGAUGGCAAGCUAGGUGUCGUUGAGGUGCAGAUUGCGCCGGGGUUCGUUGCGAGAGAGAAUCCUGGGACGAGAACCUGGAUUGCUUCCGACUUCACAGGCGAUCAUGGUCUCCGAGAUGUUCCCAUUAGUAUCCUGAGGUGGGCGUACAGAGAUAUAGUGGAAGCGAAGCAGCCUGAUACUAGUCAGCUCUGGUGGAAAUAUCCUAUCGCUUCUAUUGGUCUUACCUUCACGUCCUGGAUGGGUAACUACAACCCAAAGUCCAACUACUUCGGCCGAUAUGCGCCGGUCCGAUAUAAAUACUUCUGUUACGCAAAGCUCCCACGGAAUAGGACGGAACUCAGACCUGACAGUCAUUCCGCUGAACCCACCCGUCUCCAGCCUGGAGAUGAGGUAGUACGCGGCGAUGAUGGAAGGAAGGAAGAGGAUGGUGGCGUACUCGCACGACACCUCCGACCACGCAUGCUAUGCGUAAUUACUUCUCACGACGACGCCAACAUCAGCCUCGGACACUUCACUUUCGAGGUCCGGGAUACCGACGAGUGGGAUCGGGAGCGCCCUCAGAACCAGAGCGGCGAAUACGUCUUUGUAUCCUAUACUCGAGAACAAUUCCAGACAUACUCGGCCGAGGACAUUGCCUCAUGGAGCCCUACCCAGGAUCCAAAUGAGACAGCGACCCGAAAAGGGAUGCCUGGGCUCUACAAGAAGGACCUCGAGCAGCUAUGCACUAUCGGUGCAGUAGCUGCUCGAAAGGCAGGGUUAUAUGCUUUCUGGAUUGACGUCUUGUGCAUUUCCAAAGCCGGAAAGGGAACAGCAGGACUAAAUGUUCACGACUCGCACCGAAUCUGUGAUGUAGCUCGAGGCGCAAAUCGCAUGGUAAUCGCGGUCAAGGACCUGGUGUCUGAUAGACUUCGUCUCCCUGGUUCUCCAGCGAAAAUGCCAUUACCCGAAAUGGAGCUUCUGCAGCGAUGGGCCACUCGGCUGUGGACUCUCCCGGAGAUGCUACUGGCGCCUACAAUCCACGAUUUGGAGGUCUACCGCGCUGAGCAAGGCGCAAACGGAGGAGUACGGUCGUGGGCCACGAUCCGCAAGCGUAACAUGGCUGAGGUCGCCUAUCCCGACGACGGCGACCGGGUGCGCGAGCUGGUCGACCACUUCGAGUCAAGCGUGCACCUUACGCAAAUCGAGCUACUCACGCUGGGCCUCGAGUGUCUCGCGGAACGCAAGAUGAACAAAUACAGCAAGGCCGACAUGGUGUACGCGCUCAUGACGCUGGCGCGGCGGCGGCCAAUCCCCUACAAAGGCCAGUCCCUCUUCGAGGCCUUUGCACAGUUGUCCCUUCUCAACGACUCCAACAUGCUCCUGGAGCGACUCAUAUGUGUGCUUCCUCCGGGACGACACGGGGAGGUGCCAUGGUAUCGCAUCCGUGAUUCUUGGGGAGUUCGGCUAUGGGAUAUCUUCCCCGCGUGCCAGAUCUCUGGUAUCGCUGGCGGAGAUGCUGAUCAGACCGUACUCAUCGACGGAGCGUAUGGAGCUUCUAUCGAGUGGAAAUCUCUUAAGAAGGUCGAGUUUCUCAAACGUCGCACAGCCUGGCGCAUUGCCAGCGAGUUGGCCUCCCAGGCAGCCCCUUUGUACCUUCUCAUCGCUAUCGUGAGUGUCGCCACCAUUCAACCAGAGUCUCAGUCACUGUAUAGUUAUGGAGCAAGCAAUCCCAUGAUUGGACUGCCCGUCGUCUUCUUCAUCCUUGCGUUCAUCUCGAUGGCCGUCCUACCGCACGCUAUGCUUGCAAAAUACCGCGGCAAGUUCUGGUCCACACAGGCGGUGUUGUAUGGGCUUGAGGGGGUACCGGAUAUCGACUGGUUGGAACGCCAACUCUUCGGAUUUAGUGAAGGCCGGCUCACCUGGAGCGCUCAUGGCAGCACGCUUUCGCAACACAGAGCAAAGGAGGGUCCAGGCGAAAGGCUAGAGGAAGAGUGUGAGGCGCUGAAGCCGCUGCUUGAGGACGAGAUAUCACCAAACAUGGCGGGAGAAGGUGAAAUUCCGUCGUUGAACAACAGCAAGAGAAACAACGACAUGAGGAUAUUCACAUUGGUAGACACAUACGCCAUGACUGUCACCGUUUUCCGAGCUACUCAUCCUCCAACAGUAGCACUCGUCUUGGGCCACGAAGGUGGGAUGCGCCGGGCGGCAUUAUGCUCGUACAAUCACGGGACGCAAACUUUCCAUCGCGAAACUGUAGUCCGAAUGCCUACCAAAGUUCUCGACAGAAUGGACAGGGUAGACAGAUUUCGGUUUUCAAUGGAAAAUCAACCGCUUUGA